AUGUCUGGACAAGAUAUUUCCCCGGGGUCGUUGAUCAACUUGACGGAUGGCCGCCAGGCCACCGUGCGCUUUAUCGGCAUCACUCACUUCGCGGUCGGAGACUGGAUUGGUGUUGAACUAACAGAAGCGACUGGCAAAAACGAUGGCGCGGUACAAGGCGAACGCUACUUUGAUUGUGAAGCAGGGUUUGGCAUGUUCAUCCGUCCCACAGCUAUAGCCGCGGUUCUACAGCAACCUCCUCGGGAGAGUAAACAAACCACCCGCCCCGGUACCAAUGCAACCACCGGCAGACCAUCGAUUUCCGCGGGCUCAAAAAGGCCACCAGGAGUGCCGCCUAGCGCAAUAAAAAGACAAAGUGUCAAUGCGUCCACUCCUACACCGGCCCCGAGGAUGGCACCUCGUUCAUCUUUAAGGUCCCCUACGAAGUCACCAACGAAACAAUUAUCAUCGGCAGCACCCGCUCGUCCCUCAAUCGGGGGUGCGCCCCGUACCUCCGCUGUGGCAUCUAAUCGGCCCCGACCGACACCCAGCACUCGCCCCUCAAUCGGCCCAUCUUCAACCCAGACAGCAACCCCCAGAGCUUCACGCGCGUCCGUUUCUAGCUCAGCAGAAACAUCCCGCCCGGGGUCCCAAAGUAAUGUCUCCGCCACUGCCGGAUUAUCGAAACGACCGUCCUUGCGACAGGUCGCCCCUACGAAGGUAUCAGAUGGAGGUGAAACUGGAACAAGUGGACCAUCGGAGGAUCAAACAGAUACUGAAUCCGUGGGGGCUGAAGAUGGACCAUCUACGGCACCUCCCCCCACUGCCAGACCCCCUAGACAGUCGCUGGCUGCUUCCCGACCAACGGCUCCUCGUCCUGGGGCUACGGGGUCUACAACGAUCCGAACAAACCAAAGCAGUGCUGCUGUCAGCCGAGAGUUGGAGGAACUUCAGACCAAACUUCGCGUGAUGGAAAAGAAGCGAACCGAUGACCGCGAAAAGAUGAAGGCUCUUGAACAGCUGCAGUCUGAGCGCGACAAAUUCGAAUCCAUCAUUCAGAAAUUACAGGCCAAAUACCAACCUCAGCAAAUGGAGAUUACAGAACUACGCAAGAAACUCAAAGAGUCCGAGGGUCGCUUGGAGGAAAUUGAAAGAAUGGAGGCUGAACAUGAAUCACUCAUGGAAAUGGCCGCACUUGACCGAGAAAUGGCGGAGGAGACUGCUGAGGCAUUCAAACAGGAGUGCGAGGCACUCCGUUCCAAGAUUGAGGAGCUUCAAUUAGAAGUGGAAGUUCUCCGAGAAGAGAAUGAAGAAUUUAGUUCAGAGACGAGCCCCGAGGAGCGAUCUAGUCACGGGUGGCUGCAGAUGGAAAAAACCAACGAGCGGCUCCGCGAAGCCCUCCUCAGACUCCGUGAUAUGACACAACAACAGGAGUCGGACCUAAAGGACCAAAUCAAAGAAUUGGAACAGGAUCUCGAGGAAUACUCCGCAGUGAAGUCUGACUUCGAGGCUACUAAGGAAAGGCUGUUGGUUGCAGAGACCAAUGUUGAUGACCUUAAGCAGCAGCUGGAGACUGCACUAGGUGCCGAAGAGAUGAUUGAAGAGCUCGCCGACAAAAAUAUGCGAUAUCAGGAAGAUAUUAAUGAACUCAAGGCUGCUAUCGAGGAUCUAGAAGCUCUGAGAGAAAUCAGCGACGAGCUUGAAUAUACCCAUAUCGAGACAGAAAAGCAGCUCCAAGAAGAAAUCGAUUAUCGCGAUGGUGUAUUCAACGAGCAAUCUCGCAAGAUCACUCAGCAGGAUGAAGUCAUUGAAGACCUUGAGUAUACCCUGUCCCGCUUCAGGGAGUUGGUAACGAAUCUUCAAACCGACUUGGAGGAUAUGCGAGCAUCCCAGCAGAUUUCAGAGGCAGAAGCUACUGACCUCUCGACACGAUCUCGAGCUAUGAUGGAUCUCAAUAUGAAGCUGCAGGCCUCCGCAUCAAAGGCACAGACAAAGACCAUUGACGUCGAACUGAAUCGUAUGGAAGCCGAGGAGACAGCCCAACAUCUCUCAAUUGUAAAACUAUAUCUACCCGAGUAUUUUGAUGGAGAGCGGAAUGCGGUUCUGGCUUUACUCCGCUUCAAGCGUGUCAGCUUCAAGUCUGUGGUUAUGAACAGCACUAUUCGUGAACGUAUUGCCGAGCAUGCAGCGAUCUCGAGCCACGAAGAGACUUACUGCGCACUGGAGGUUUCAGAACAUCUUCUAUGGAUCUCUACAGUCUGCGACCGGUUCGUCAACUACAUCAAUGCUUGCACGCCGGAGCAGUUCGACAGUAUCAAGGCUGCUCUGUUUGAAAUGGAACCAGUUGAGCGUACCUUGAACUUCUGGAUUGAAAAUUUGAAGAAGAAUGAGGUGAAUAUGAAGAAACUUGCUGUGGAAUUGCAAAGAUCCAUUGCUUUGCUAGCACACCUGACGGAGACCCUACUCCCUUCAAGCCCAGAAAACUUUGCGGGACAGUUGUGCAUGCGUGCAACUCUUUCUCAGUCCUACCUGGACCAUGCGGCAACCGCCAUCGCCCGGUUGAAGUCUCUGAUAAAAUCCAAACUGCCAAUCCCAGAAGAGAACAGUGACAAUACAGAGACUCAAGGGACUCAAGAGACCCAAGAUGGCCAUGACGAAGAAAAAGCAUUCGCAUUCAACAAACUUGACGCUUUUGUUUCUCAUUCCCGGGGAUAUAAGGUGGCCAUGGGCAAGAUAUCUCGGGCUCUUGAGGAUCUGCGAUCUAGGUCACUCGUGCUUCCACAACAGACCGACGAGCCGUUCCAGAAAACAGAAGUCUUCACUCGUGAACUGUCGGAGCUUUCUCGAAAAUUGGGUGAAGCUGUUGUAAGUCUCACAAGUGAUGAAGGCCGCGUUGAGCCAUAUACUCUUCAAGAGAUACUGGACAGCAUGUCCCAGGCUUCAACAGAGUUUGUACAGGGGUCAGAAAACGCAACCGAAAACAAUGAUCCGCUAUCCUUGCUUGUUAAUAAGCUACGCGAACUGGGUGGACAGCUAGACGAACUUGAUGCAAUUUCCACAGACCUUUCUCAUGCUACCGAAUUUGAAAGAGGGGCACAUCCCUGGACCGCGCGAUCAGAGGAGCUCAAAUCGAAUAAAACGAUCUCACCCGAUGCCGACGAAGAAAUUAGACGUCUCAAGAACGAAGUUCAUGAAGUAUCUACUGCUCUUGGCGUCAAGGACAAUACUUUGGAGGAGCAAGGCAUCAAGAUUGAGCUUCUGGAAUCACGAAUGAGGGAAGCAAGUAAGAAGGCAUCAAUGGUCAAAGACCUUGAAGUCAAGAUCGAAGAAGUUCAAACUAGUGGGGUCGAGCUGGAGAAAACUGUCGAACGUCAGAAGAAAGAACUUCAGACCGCCGAAGUAGAACGAGACGAAUAUAAGACUCGCCUUGAAAGAAUGAAGCGUGUCUCUGGUACUGCCGGCGUGACGACCACAGGCGACGGUCUCGUGAUCGACAACGAAGCUUCUCUAGCGGCAAUGCAUGAGAAUGAAUCCCUUCGCACUGAAGUUGAGAGUCUUCAAUCCGCCGUGCGUUUCCUGCGCGAAGAAAACCGACGUGCCAAACUACUGGACCCGUACUCUGUUCAACAAUCAACAGACAUGUACUCCUGGCUUGAUGCACCUCUUACUCGGCCAGACCCUACAGCCGAACAAGAGAAGAUUCGGCGCACUGCUUUGGAAAGUCGGGAUGUCUUUACUCAUCUGCUCAAACUGACCAAGGACUCCCACGUCUCCGACUUGAAGUCCACGAUGCUCCCUCCAGCCAGCGACGAGGCCUCUGCUAAUAACCGUACUGCAUGGCGCCCAUCCAAAUCUCGACUGCGGUACCAGGUGCUCCAACACCGUGAAAACUAUGAGCAUUGGGCCGAAUGGCGUGAUGACAUUGUCAACUAUGAACGUGAACAAGAUCGUCUCGCUACUGCCAAGCGCGAGCGUGCACUGCGCGAUCGCAUACCAAGACAUGCCCAUAAAGCCUCAGUUGAAUUCCCCCAGGGCCUCGGCCAUGGUAUGAUGGGCCGUGCAUGGCAGAUUCUCGGCAUGCAGAAUCACCGAAAGACCGGCUCCACGAGCGGACCUCCAUUGGAUGCUGUGGAGAUUGUCUCCGAGUGA